CAUAAAAACAGCACCUCCCCCGCAUUUCGGCGUUGCAUGUUUUCCUGAGGUCCACGUACUGCUCUUGGCGGAGCCAGACCAGCCCCCAUCUCCCCGGGGAGAGCCUGCCCGCUAGGAAGGAUUCCAGACCAAUGAGCCACACAAAGCCACAUCUGGUGACAGCUGGGAACACGGGAUUCUGUGCAGCAGCGUCCUCUCCACUGCUGGCAGGCAGGACCGCCUGGCGACCCUGGGGACAGUGCGCGCUGCAGUCACCUGGGAGAACAGGCCACAUGACACCUCCUUCAUCCUCCACCCCUCCCUGCCCUCCUCAGACCAGCUGGACGUGCCAUCCAUCCAAGGGAGAAAUAAAAACAAGACGAAGAAGAAGGAGGAGGAGGAGGAGGAUGAGGAGGAGGAAGAGGAAGAAGAAGAAGAAGGAAAAGGAGAAGAAGAAGAGGAGGAAGAAGAAGGAGAAGGAAAAGGAGAAGAAGAGGAGGAAGAAGAAGAAGAAAGAAAAAGUAAAAGAAAAAAGAAACCCAAACAGGACAGGUGUGAUGCAGCAGGAGCACCCCUCCCAGCAGCCGGUGCCCCUCUAG